AUAUACUCCGCAGUAAAUUAAACCCAUUGAAGGAAUCAAGGAAAUGAAAUAUGCCAAAAAUGUCUUUGACCAGUAAAGUGUUCUCCUAUCCUCGCAAACCUCUUCUUUCCUCUCCAAGUUCUUCGUUUUUUAUUCGCCGUCAAGUCUGGAAGGUUUGUUAUUACGGAGGAGACACGGCGUUAAAGCGCCAGUUCGGUUGCGGGAUUUCGGAGGAUCGGAGACUACUCGCUGAAGAAAUCCGGAUGGCCGAGCAGGAAAGGAAAGAUAGAGCGACAGAGACGGCGCAGGAGGCGUGGCAGGCCAUAGAGGAGGUUGCGUCGGAGAUGAAGCAGAGAGUGGUACCUAAUAUGGAUGCCAAUAAGGAGACUGAUAUUCGAGACGAAAUGCUACUUAUCCAAGAUGAAGAAGAUGAUUCAAAGACUACUGAACCGGAAUCUUGUGAUCAUCCAUGACCCAAAACAAAAAAUGGCCGGUCACUUUGGGAUGACUUAGGCACAUACACUACACAAAUUGGUACUUCAAAUUGGCCGGUCACUUGGGGGAAACACGACCUUUCGGUCUCUUUCUAAUAAGAUUACGAGCUUAUGAGAUUCUCUUAAACUUAUCUACACAAUUCUAAUACAAAGACUCGAUAUCAUCUUUAUAUUGCCAUAAGUAGGACUAAAAUAAUAUUUUGGUUGUUAUUUUUUUAUUCUGUAAAUAGAAGUACGAGUCAUUAUUAUAAUGUUUUGAUAGUACUGUCAUACCUGACAGUAGUUGCUCUUAUUUUGAAAAUAAAAAAGUCAUAGUUUUUGCAAUUUUAAAUCGUUUGUCU